AUGAUCAAGCCUUUGCCGAAGCCGAAAGGCGGAGCUUCAACACUGAACCCCUACAACACCCGCAGUUCUCCGUUCUAUUGCCUUGUCACUCACACAACAGGACCCGCCUCGAUCAUCACCGUCGCCGGACAGAUUGGCGCUCGUCCAGAUGGCAGCGUACCAGGGGACCCGGUCGAGCAAGUCGAGCAAGCGCUUCGCAACUUGAAGCGAUGCCUGGAAGCAGCGGGUGCUGGAGUUGAAGACAUCCUCCGACUUACUUACUACAUCGUCGACUACGACCACAAGAAUCCGAGACAUCGCCAGCCUUUGUUAGAGUUUCUGGGCGACCACCGUCCUGCAUCUACGCUAAUUCCCAUCCAGCAGCUGGCUGCACCUCAGUUCCUGUUCGAGAUUGAAGCCACAGCCGCUAUUCCUCAGCAUGGUCCCGAAACGGUCGAUGUGGUCGUGGUCGGGGGCGGGUUGAGCGGCCUACAAGCGGCAGUGGACCUCCAGAAAGCGGGUCUUAGCGUUAAGGUUCUCGAAGCGAGAGAUAGAGUGGGCGGCAAGACAUGGUCUCAACCAGCUCAAGGGAGCGUCUGCGAUGUCGGUGCCGCAUGGAUCAAUGACACGAACCAGUCCAAGAUGUUCGCUCUGGCACAAAAGUUCAAGCUUGAGCUGGUCUCGCAGAAUGUGAAUGGCAGUAUCGUCUGCGAUACUGGGAUAGGCAGCCAUAAGACUCAUCCGUACGGCCAGCUGAAUGCCGACGACACCGAUCGAGCUGAAAUCGAAGAUGUGAUCCGGAUACGAACGCUUGUCGAGGAGACCUGCCAGAAGAUCGAUAUCACCAAUGUAGUCGCAUCUGGUCAGCUCAUCCGCAAAGACCUUGACGACAUCACAUUGGAGCAAUGGCUGCUCGAUCAUAACGCCGGCGAGCACGCUCUGAACUCGUUCAAGAUUGGAGCUCGCGCUAUGCUCGGGGUUGAGCCGUCCGAGGUCAGCGCUUUGUACUUCCUCGACUACUGUAAGUCCGGCGGUGGCUAUAUGCAAAUGCGCUCUGAUCUGAAGCAUGGCGGACAAUAUCUCCGGAUCGCCACGGGAACGCAGUCUUUCAGCCAUGGAUUGGCAAACGAAUUGGCACCCGGGACUGUAGCGUUGAUGUCGCCAGUCCGCCAGAUAACGCAGACUUCCGAUGGCGUUCACGUCGUCUCUGCUCGUGGCAUCUACGACGCAUCUCGUGUCAUCGUUUCAGUACCCACUCCGCUCUACAAGGAAAUCACCAUUGACCCUCCUCUCCCAGCUGAGAAGCUCGCCAUGUCGCAAUCGACCAUGCUCGGAGAUUACUGCAAAUCCAUCACUUUCUACGCUCGACCUUGGUGGCGCACCGCGAACCUUUGCGGCAUGUCACAGUCACCUCAUGGCCCUGCUGGCGUCACUCGCGACAGCAGUGUCGACGCCGACGGCCACUACAGUCUGACCAACUUCAUCGUCGGUCAGCCUGCCCGAGAUUGGAUGGCUCUCUCCGUGGAAGGACGGCGUAAAGCUGUGAUCGAUCAAAUCCACCAGCUCUUCAGCCCAUUCGCCGAUGUUGAAGAGCCAAUCGAGAUUGUUGAACAGAUUUGGAGAAAUGAGCAGUGGAGUCAAGGCUGUCCGUGUCCUAUUAUGGGACCUGGCGGGUUGACAAAAUGGGAACAGACCCUGAGAGAGCCAGUGGAUAGGUUGCAUUUUGUGGGGACCGAGACGUCGUAUGAGUGGAAGGGGUACAUGGAGGGUGCAGUUAGGUCGGGAGAAAGAGGGGCGCAGGAGGUUCUGGCGGCGCUCGGGAAGGGUGUUUGA